AUGAAUUUAGAGCAAUAUCGUCCGCAGGAGGACGGUUACACCCAUGACGUAACGGGCACGACGGGAGCUCAUCACGAACAGCCCCAGUUCACCAACAGCUUCGCACCUGGCCAGACUGAGGCGCACUACGAGAACCCUAUCGACGAUGAGAGAGAGCGCAGCGGCUCCAAGGACUUUUCGCAGACUGACGAGUGGGGUGAGUAG